UCCACAUUCUAAAGUUCAGAUAAUUUUUCCUGUUUGGCUUCUCAGAUAUUUCGUUGAUAUUUGUGGAUGCUAUCUCUGGCCAGUAGCCACCUUAUCUCAGGGUUGGUUACAAUUUUGUUUCGAUAUAAAGCGAACUGCUCAUCUGAACGUAUAUUCACAUGGCAUAUCUAUGUAUAUUUCACUGCGGGAGUACAUGAAUUGCUGGAGGCAUCCUAGUGCUAAUAUGUGGGUGUCUGUUUAUUUUGAAUUUUAAGGGUAGCAUAUGCCUAGCAUAUGACCCAAAAACACAGGUACAGAGUUUAACUUUUCCAACACCUAAACAUUAAUAAUGGGUCACUGCAAUAUCUGUCAAGCACAGAGAAUCUUGCAGGACUGCGCCAACAUUUCAAGAUGGACUUACGGAAAUAAGUCUCUUGGAAAACACCCUUCUCAGAAAUGCGGAUUUAGAAUUCAGCUUUUACCAUCUGGAAGGUUGAGGAAUUUUACUGUGAUGGCUAGAAUCAAAGAGGCGAAAAACCCCACUAAGAAGAGCAAAUUACAUUCUAAGAGCUUAUCGAUAACUAGCCCUCCAGAAGGAACGUCUGCUCCUGCUCUUUCAGAUGUUUCUUUGAGCAGCGAGGAUUCUUCAGGUCAAGCAGAAAUGGGAUUUGGAGGAUUAGGUGUGUUGAGAAAAUUGCCAAGGAAAGUUUUGAAACUUCUUUCUUCCCUUCCUCUGGCCAUUGGAGAACUAUCUGUCCUUUCUGGACUAUUGGCUCUAGGAACUUUUAUAGAGCAAGGCGAGAGUCCACAAUUCUAUUUUGAGAAGUAUCCUGAGGACAGUCCUGUUUAUGGAUUUCUCACUUGGCGAUGGGUAUUGGGGCUUUGCUUAGACCAUGUCUACACAGCUCCAUAUUUUCUUGGCUUGGUUGUCUUAUUGGCAGCAUCAUUAAUGGCUUGUACUACCACAACACAAUUACCAAUGGUAAAAGUUGCUCGCAGAUGGACAUUCAUGAAGUCUGGAUCUGCUAUCCUAAAACUAGAAGUUGCAGAAUCACUUCCCAGAGCUAAUAUUCAAGACCUUGGUGUUCUUCUGAUGGGUUCAGGAUAUGAGGUCUUCUUCAGCGAAUCAGUUCUAUAUGGAUUCAAAGGACUUGCUGGUAGGCUUGCACCUAUUGGUGUACAUGCAGCUCUUUUGCUCAUAAUGGCAGGGGCAACUCUAAGUUCUAUUGGGGGUUAUCAUGGUUCAGUUACAGUUCCUCAAGGCUUGAACUUUAUGAUGGGAGAUGUGCUUACUCCAAAUGGGAUUUUGUCUAAACCAAUUCCCGAUUUUCAAACUGAAGUUCAUGUUGACAAGUUUUACAUUGAUUACUAUGAGAAUGGCGAGGUAUCCCAAUUUCACACGGACCUUUCUUUACGUGAUACAAAUGGAAAGGAAGUUCUAAAGAAGACUAUCAGUGUGAAUAGCCCUUUACGAUUUGGGGGCAUCACAAUUUAUCAAACAGAUUGGAGUAUUUCAGCUCUUCAGAUACACAAGAAUGGUGCAGGACCAUUCAAUCUUGCAAUGGCUACAUUACAGAGUGGAGACAAUAAACUUUUUGGUACAUUCUUGCCACUAGAAGAUGAUAAUAGUUCUACCAAUCCCAAAGGAAUAUCAAUUUUGGCUCGAGAUCUACAGUCUGUUGUGCUAUAUGAUCAAGAAGGGAAAUUUGUGGGAGUUAGGCGGCCUGGGUCAAAUCAUCCGAUAAGCAUAGAUGGCAUGGAAGUUGUUGUGGAUGAUGCAAUUGGCAGCACUGGCUUAGAACUAAAGUUGGAUCCAGGGGUUCCUGUGGUAUAUGCUGGAUUUGGUGCACUCAUGUUCACAACUAUUGUCAGUUUUUUCUCUCAUUCCCAGGUAUGGGCCUUGCAAGAGGGGACAUCUGUUGUAGUUGGAGGAAAGAGUAAUAGGGAUAAACUAGGUUUUCAGGAAGAGAUGAACCGAAUAUUUGAUUCAGUUCCCGAAGUAGUUGGUAAAAAACAUAGUGCAGGUCAACAGUCAGCGAGCUUAGAAAAUGAUGAGAUAUCCUCCCCAAUGGAGAGUACACUAUCAUAGCAUAUAUAGACAUUACUUGGAUUUGCCUCUGUAUUUUAUUGAAAUUUCUAAUUUAUAGAAAAAUAAUCACAAGGCAAGGGGAUGCACAGAACACACGAGCUCUGCUGUGUUGCUGUGUGAGGCGACAAGAAUGCUAAUACAUCGAUCCGACGACUUACACCCUGAAUUCUGCUUCCAGACAGGCAAAGUAAAUUUAGGUAGCAAAAUCAAAUUCAUUUUUCACAAAAUCAUUUCAACAUUGUUUCUAUGAACAUAUAUGUUAUCAGCAAAUAAAGUGGCAUGAAAUCAGAUAGCAAUUCAUUUAAAGAUC